AUGAUGCUCAGCACUGGGGCGAAUUCUCAUCCGACUUCCAUCGCGGUUGGGGACUUCAAUGGUGACCGCAUAGCGGAUAUUGCUUUAGCCAAUAAUGGUACCAAGCAUGUAGAUAUGAUGAUUGGAAAGGGAAAGGGAAAAUUUGCAAUUCAAACAAGUUAUGAAAUUGGUUUUGAUUCACCUCCGUUAGUUAUGGCUUCUGGUGAUUUUAAUAAUGACAAACGAUCGGAGAUCGUGAUAGCUAACGGUGGAAGUAAUCAUGUGGAUAUCUUUGUUGCGUACAAUAAUGGUUCUUUUGAAAAUCAAACAAGAUAUUCAGCUGGCUCUUUUCCACAAUCUGUAGUUGUUGGUGAUUUGAACAACGACACUCGACUAGAUAUCGUUGUCGCUAAUUACUAUAGCAAUGAUGUGAAUGUCCUUCUUGGAAAUGGAAAUGGUUCUUUUGAAAAUCAAACAAGGUAUUCAGCUGGCUCUGGUCCAUGGUCUGUAGUUGUUGGUGAUCUCAACAACGACACUCGACUAGAUAUAGUUGUCGCCAAUUGGGGCAGCAAUGAUGUGAGUAUCCUUCUUGGAAAUGGAAAUGGUUCUUUUGAAAAUCAAACAAGGUAUUCAGCUGGCUCUUAUCCAAAAUCUGUAGUUGUUGGUGAUUUGAACAACGACACUCGACUAGAUAUCGUUGUCGCCAAUUGGGGUAGCAAUGAUGUGAGUGUUUUUCUUGGAAACGGAAAUGGUUCUUUUGAAAAUCAAACAAGGUAUUCAGCUGGCUCUGGUUCAUGGUCUGUAGUUGUUGGUGAUUUGAACAACGACACUCGACUAGAUAUCAUUGUCGCCAAUUAUUAUAGCAAUGACGUGAGUGUCCUUCUUGGCAAUGGAAAUGGUUCUUUUGAAAAUCAAACAAGAUAUUCAGCUGGCUCUUUUCCAACAUCUGUAGUUGUUGAUGAUUUCAACAACGACACUCGACUAGAUAUCGUUGUCGCCAAUUGGCUUAGCAAUGAUGUGAGUGUCCUUCUUGGCUAUGACAAUGUAGUUUUUGUAAAGCAAAUGAUACUGGUAACUGGAAAUGAUUCUCGACCACAGUCUUUAGUAAUUAGCGAUUUUAAUAAUGAUAAUCUAAUGGAUAUUCGCGUCGUUAAUUCGCGUACCCACAAUAUUGGUAUUUUUCUUGGAUAUGGGAAUAUCUCUUUUAGAAAUCAAAUGACAUAUUCAACUUACCCAUAUUUAUAUCCAUGCUCUAUGGGUGCCGGUGAUUUCAACAAUGAUACUCGAGUGGAUAUCGUCUUUGCUAGUUGUGACGCGGACAGUGUUGUUAUUAUUCUUGGAUGUGGGAAUGGCUCUUUUGGAAAUCUGAUAAUGUAUUCAACAAACUCCAGUUCGUCUCGAUACUCUUUAGCUGUUGAAGACAUUAACACUGAUACUAUACUAGACAUUGUCGUCGCGAUUCAUGAUACCAAUUAUUUAGGUGUACUUCUUGGACAAGGCAACGGCACAUUUGCAAGCAUCAUCUUAUUUCCAUUGGAGUAUGGAACCCAUCCAUUCUCUAUUGUCAUUGGCGAUUUCAACAAUGACAGAAAACUAGAUUUUGCCGUCGCUAAUAAUGGUACUGACAGUUUAAAUAUUCUCUUGCAGACUUGUUAGUGUUUCUAUCUCGUACUUCAUGUUUUUCUAGCAUUCACUUAUUUUGUAUGCUCUCAUAUCUAGUAGAACCAUAGUUUAAAUAUUCAAAUGAUUUUUUAAUGGCAAAAUAUGAGUGGGAAAAGGGUGUGGGUGUGCAUGGGGGUGUCUGUGUGGGUGUGCAUUGGGCUGUCUGUGUGGAUGUGGGCACUGGGUUGAGAAUAAUACACCCACACCCAAAUCAUGUCGAUCAACUCUCUUUCCCCUCCCACGAUACGUAUUCGCCCAACGAGAUCAUUCAAUGUAUGUAUCUACACUGUAGAAAUCAUCGUGUGACGAAGUGGGUGGAAGGUGCAAAACAAGGCAUUGUCGUGGCUGGUGAUCAAGAAGAAGGAAGUGAAUGGUCUUACACCAUUGUCCUAUCCUCAAGGAGUCGUUGUUGUUGUUGUUGUUGUUGUUCAAUUGAAUACGGUGUAUGUAGCUGAUGAAGGGAAUGCUUGAAUUAUACGUUGAUCCCAAGGAGCCGCCCCACAGAGAAGUAUCAUUGUUGGUGGAAACAGUAGAGGAGGACAAACGAAUCAACACAAUGUGCUCAUCGGUUUGUCAUUCGAUCAACACAGCAGUCUCUAUGUCGUCGAUUGGGAAAAUAUCAUUGAGUACAAAAACUCAACAUAGAAAUUCAAUAAGUAAGUAAAGGACUAGGAAACCAAAAAAAAACUUUUCUUAAUAUUGUAAACGUCCCAGUCAUUGAAUGGAGGGGAGCGCCGCCGGAAUCCUUGGAACCCGUGAAAAAUUUCAACAAAGUGUGCGCUACUAAACAAAGGGUGUGGGUGUGGGUGGGUGUGGGUGUGGGUGUGGGUGUGGGUGUGGGUGUGGGUGUGGGUGUGGGUGUGUGGGUGGGGUGUGUGGGUGUGGGUGUGAAUGUGGGUGUUCCUGAAGAGGAUACCAUACACUACACCCAUACCCACACCCACACCCACACCCUCGUUUGACAACAACUUCCCAUUUAUGUUCAGCUGCCUUUAAUAAAAGUUGAUAUGUAGAUUGGAAAUACGGUGUCGUAUAGAAAAUAAAUUUACAAUCACUUUCUGUGAAACCAUAUGGCGAUUGAUCACCAGAAACAUGAAAAUAUAAACGAUCGCCACCUGGAGAUAAACGAGUAAUGUAGCCACGCACUACUGUUUGAGAAGCAGCCAUUUUACUGUUUCGAUGUAAACUUGUGUUCUAUUAACGAAGCAUUACGGA